GCGGCGCCGAGCCCGGCACCAUGAGGAACGGCGAGGACCUGGAGGGCUUCGACGGCGAGGCGUCCAGCACCUCCAUGAUCUCGGGGGCCAGCAGCCCCUACCAGCCCACCACCGAGCCCGUCAGCCAGCGCCGCGGGCUGGGCGGCCUUCGCUGCGACCUGGAGUACCUGCGGGGCACCUUCGGCAGGAUCAAGCUGGCCGAGGUGGUUUUGGCACUGAUUGCAUUCAUCUGCAUAGAGACCAUCAUGGAAUGCUCCCCUUGCGAAGGCCUUUAUUUCUUCGAGUUUGUGAGCUGUAGUGCAUUGGUGGUUACUGGAGUUCUGUUGCUUAUGUUCAGUCUAAAUCUUCACACAAGAAUACCACAGAUCAACUGGAAUCUCACUGAUCUGGUCAACACUGGACUCAGCACUUUCUUCUUCUUCAUUGCCUCUGUAGUGCUUGCUGCUUUAAACCAUAAAACUGGAGCAGAAAUUGCUGCUGUGAUAUUUGGUUUCUUGGCAAUGGCAGUGUAUGCUGUGAACACAUAUUUAGCUAUUAAGAAGUGGCAAAUGAACAGCAGACAGCAAAGCAGUCGGCAGACCAGUGAUUACAUGCGUGCUCGGACAGAAUCCAGAGAAGUAGAUCAUCGCCCGGAGAUUCAGCGUCUGGAUGCAUGAGAGCAGCAUCUAGAUGGGACUGCAGAGGAAAGAGAGAAGUGCUGAACUUGCUCAUGGAAUACAGUGUUUUUUCUUUAUUUAAGAAAGAAAAGGAAAAUCAGAUAGUGGCAAAGAAUGCCCAGCCCAGAUAUGUGCAGAGAAGCAUCAAGUCAGAAGCUGUUUUCAUGAAAGCAGUAGAUGUUGGCCAUUCAAAAGCAAAAUCUUUUCAAGACAUCCACAUAUAUAUACAUAUAUUGUAUAUAUUAUGUAUAAUAUAUUAUAUAUAUGUUCUGAAGUAUGUUAAUGUUUUGGAUUACUGCGCAGAACUUCUCUUCCCUUUCCUAAGAGCAAGCUCUGAAUAUACAUGUUCUGCCACUGUUUCUUCAUCUGUCAUAAAAAUUAAGACCAGAGCUAUCUUUUUUUGUUUAAUAUAAGAAAGAAAUCCACCAGGAGCAAAUUUAAUACACAUGAAAAGGAAGUAGGGGGCAAGUAGCCAUAACUUUACUAUGUAUCGUGUCCAGCAACGCUCUGUAUCCUUCCUUGUGCAGCCUUGGCAGUGCAGUUCAGUUCUCACCUGCAAGAUUGCACGCUGUUUCGUUGUUGUUUCAUUUACCUAGCUGCCACAUGAAAGUCUCUUCUGUUUUCUGAUUGUUGAUUUAAUGCUGAGGCAGUUAUCCUUUGGAUUAUUUGCAAAUCAUCACAUGCAGUUCGUGCCUGACCUUGCUUGUAUCAGAACUUGUGCAAGAUUAGUAUAUCUUAUUGAAUGGUCACCACAAUGCAUCCAGUGCAAGUAUGUGAACUUUAUGCUGAUGUUGGAUACAUGCUGUUUUUCAUUCCAAAAUGGUGGAGGGUGGAGGAAACUUGGGAGGCAGGGUGGAGAAAGAGAAUGCUGAGGGGCACAGUGCUAAAGGAGAGAGGAUGAAUUGUCAUCUGGUAAACCUGCGUUCCAGUCAUGUCUUUUUUCUUUUUUCUUUUAAGGUUCAACCUUUCUGAGAAGCCUAGGGUAAGCAGUAACUAGCAAAAAUUUAUGAUAUAAAGUGUUUCUAAGAUUGCAAUACUGUGAUUCAUCUGAGAUGCUUCUUGUUUAGAGGAUUACUUGUUUUUUCUAAAGUUAAACUGUUGGUAGUAGGUAAAAUUUGUUUUUUGAAUUGGAUAUAUCUGCAAACAUUUUUUCUAAUAUUUCUUUAUUGAGGAAUGGUUUUACCUAAUUGAAGUUUUCUUGUUUUAAUUUUACUUGCAAUUAAGAUAAAGGUAUUUUCUCUAAUCAGAACUUGAAAUGUGAGUAAUCAGUUAAAUAUUUCAAUGCUUUUUUAAUGAUUGAUGUUUUUUUUUAAUCUGUGUAAUCCAUUAUUUGACAUCAGAGUUGAACAAUUUGUAUUAAUCUUGUUUAGCCGUACUCUUAAGUGAUUUAGCACAGUUAACUUCUGAACAAAAGGCAAUACGCUGCAGACAGGUGACUUUUAAAUAUAUAAAACUAUGUUAUAUCAAACAGAAAGUCAGUACAAGUGCCUGGGUGUCUUUAAUACUAGAAGCAACGGAGGGUGUUCCAGAUUUGAACCUUACAUUGCAGUUCUUGGAUCAAGCAAUGGAAUUACACCGACAGGUAGAAAACUGGUAACAAAACCAAUGUCUUUGCAUUUUUUGUGGGUUUUGUGUCUAUGGUGCAUUUUCACUUAAAAUUAAGAGUUAUUAAUGAGGUUAAAGAAAACUUGGCUUUCUAGACCAAUAAUGGUUUUCCAGUUACUGCGUUAACGUUUUAUUGUAGUUUGUUGAAAGUUAGCACCAAAGGUAAUGUCAGUUUAAAAAAAAAGAUUGGAACGUAGAAGCUAACUUCUGUUGUUGAGCUGAGAGCAUCAACAUUUUAUUAAGGUGGAGUCUCACUGGGUUUAAUGAGUUUUAUGAAAUGUAAAUGACAGUUCCACGUUCAAUGUGGCAUGAAAUAAGUUUCUUGAAGUCAGUGUAGUUGCUUUAGCCCUUCUGUUUUUCAGCAGUCCACUUGAAAGUAGCACAGACAUAUGUAGACUGGAGUUGUAAACAGACAUUAAGGCAGUUUGCAUAAAUGUUAUUAAAAAAAAGAAAAAGCCUUAUUAAAAUACAGAAUCUUGUUCUGCAGAAGAUGGAUACUUCUGGAAUGGUACCUGCAGAAGUUAGGCGUGAGGAAAGAGUUUAGGGUAAGCAUAGGCUUUUCAUUAUGAGUAUAUCCUGAUGCUGGUUAAUGAGAGGGCUGCAAUAACACGUAUGAAGGAGAAUGUCCUGUUCCUCUUCUGUAGUCCCUGUGAUGAUUCUGGUUCUCUGAUUUCUCAGAGGUAUGUAUGGGAGAUUUCGUGCAUCUGCAAGUUUUGUGAAUUUGGUAUCUUUAAAAUCCAUACACCUUUCCUAACCUGAACAAAAGAUAACUUUGCAGGGCCUGUUCUGGAGUGAGAUUGCAGAAAGCUUCUUAUCUUUAGCUGGAAUGACAAAUGCUUACUUAGUAUGAAUGAUAGUUAUAUUUCUAAUAUUGUAUAAUACUUCAUCUUAUAUGUAGUAUUCCUGUAUGACUUUGAGUGCUAUUACAUGGUAAAUAAGUUUUCUUGAGUUGAGAACAGUAUUUAUUACUUACAGCACUCAUGACUUGAGCUUAGCACAGCUUUCAGGGUAGAAUUCAAAGAGAAUAUGAUUUUUAAAAGUUUUUUAAAAGAACUACUAUCUGAUAACUUUGUAAACAGGAAGACAAAUGUAAAUUUGUAAUUUCCUUAUUUUGGGGACCAAAGAUGAUUUUAGUAUUGUACAGUAUAUACUUUCUUAAAAUCUAAGUUAAGCAUUUAUUACUCUACAGAGACAUUAUUUGCUAUCUGGUUUAUAGAAAAGGGAAAUAAAGUAGCUAUGAGACAACUAAAAUUGAAACACUGAGUUCAUUUAACAUAAGCAUUCUUAAUUCCACCCCCUUUACAAUUACAAUUUCAUGUGGUGUAUCGAAGAAGCAGUAAUCUUUGUUGUUAAGAUUGCUAUCAAACCUGCAGCCAUUAAAAGAGUAGAAUUAAAAAAAAAUAAAUGAAAUCUUUACGGAAGAAAAUGAGUCAGAAAGGUUUUGUGAUUUGCCUUUUUGAAAUUUGCUUAGAAAAGUGGCACUAAGUUACUUCUUCCAGCCAGCUAGUCUUGCUGGCUUUUCUUAGUUUCAAGUGUGCUGUUUAGCUCUACAAAGGGAUCCAAAAACCACUGUAAAUAAAAGAAAAUGAAAGCUAAACAGAUGAAUCUCGUGGGAAUAGGAUGCUUGAAAUGGUAAUGGCAUUCUGAUUAAUCCUCUUAAGCCAAAACUGAGCCCUCAGAUUUGCCAUCACCAUGUAUUCCUGUGUGUAAAAAUGAGGGUAAAUAUUGCAUGCUAUGCACAGGCUUGAAAGAUCAGUUAACAUGAAAUGAUUGGAGCAACAGAGUAACUGUUGUAUGGUGUUGUAAGAAUAGGUAUUUUCCUGUUAAUACUCUGUUCAGUUUGGGCAGUCUUAGUUCAGGUUUAUCGUGCAUUCACUUGAUGGUAUGCAACUGCCUGCUAUAGAAUUAAGUUUCUUAAAUGAUAAUUAAGAAUGAUUUGGCAGCUUAAUUGCUUCUUAGUAAAGUUGAUUCCUACCUACACUCUGCUUGCUCCUUUCAUUUUGUAAAUUCAUGCCUCAUCUGUCUUGUUUUAUAUCUAGUUUUUGUUAACCGUUCUGCCUUGAUAUGUAUAGUGACUGCUUCAAUCUGAGGAAGAUAAGAAUAGUGUUUUCUAUGUCCUGCUUGAGUAUGGUACUCUUCCCAUCUGUGAUAGCUUAUAAUGUUUGGGGAUGGAUCUGCUGGGGGAUUUUUUUUUUUUUCCCCUGUGGUCUUUGGAAGCCAUCUGGCAUAAUACUGCUUGUGUUUCUUCCUAAGUUUUCUAUAAGGAACCAUAUGCUCAGAGGUUAUUAUUAGCAUCAUCUGCCAUCUACCUCUGCCUUUUCUGAGAGACAAGGUGCUGACCUUUGAGAUUUGAUGCCUGUAUCUCAGUCUGUUCUGUCCAUCAUUGGCUUUAUAUUCAGAAGUAUGGCGUGAGCAGUGAGCUGUGCCUUGGAAACAACUCGUCAUCUUCUGUUGUGUCUCUUAGGUGAGAAUUUAAAUAAAAUCAGUAACAUGGGGUGCUUCUUUAUAGGCUUCAUAUGUGAUUCAUCGUGCAUCUCGUGAUAUUAUCUAAAUUGAUUUAAUGUAUUUGUUUAUAUUUCACUAUUAAGUCUAGAAAGAGGAGGGGAGAAGUGAGGAAAAAAUCCAAUUUGUUAAUUAUGUAUUUCUUUUCCCUCCGUGAAUUACAUUGCACCACGUGAUGAUUGUCCCUUCGUAGUACAGCAGGCUUGCUGUUUCUUAAAGUGCUGUGAACCACACCGGAAAAUUCAUCUACUGUAACCUGUGUGUGGACUGUUAAUAAUUGAGUCAACCUUCAAUUUCCUAUAAAUUUAUAGGGUCCUAAACAAGUCUGACAUUUGCCAUCUUUGUGCUAUUUUGGGAACAUGCAGGUACAGCAAAUGCUUAUUUAAUAUGUGGCUUUAUAAUGCAGCGCCCCCCCUUCUUCAGUCUGUGUUCUAAAUCUGCUGUUUUCUUGUCCUAUGAUGUACUUGUAAGCAUUCCCACAUGUGUAGGUUCCCUUUUUCUUUUUUCUUUUUCUUUUUUUUUGUUUUUUGACUGGGGAGUGUUUGUGGGGCAUAAACCUCUCCAUCUUAGUAGCAAUUCAAACUGGGUAGAAAAUAAUGUGCUCUCUCCUCCUUUGAUGAGAUUCUGAACAGUUUUUACGUGAAAAUCAGUACAGCCUUGUGCUGAAAGCUCUGGAGCCAAACAUCCUGAGUUAGGAUAGAUGAAAAAUUAGGCACAACUAUGAAUUUGAGAUGUGGUAAAGGGUCAGAAGAAGACAGACAACCAGACUUGAUGUUCAGUAACCUGGCAUUUUGAAAAUGAUGUGUGAACUUGAAUAAUCCCCUACUGCAGAAGGAAAAAUAUCUUCCUCACAUCUUAGUGGAGAUGGAGACAUUUGGACUUGGUUUAAAAAAAAAAAAAAAAAGUAGGCUUAGAAGUGUUCUUAUCUCCCUAAUUCCAGGGCCAUGCUGGCCAUACAAAAUGGUAGGAGAGAUUUGACACCAACAUUGUUAAUGGCGUGCCUUAAAGCUUGAGGUAUGUUGGCAAAUAAUGUGAUUAUCUAAUGACUUCUACUCAGCUGAAGUGUAGCACUUGGUUCACAGUGGCCUGCAGGACCUCCAGGAGCUUACAUCAGGAGGACUCUGUACCUGGAGGAAGGCAUUCUUUCAGGCUGAGAUUUCUGCCUAGUCCCACUGAGACAAGUAAAGCUGUCGUGUAGCAUUCCUGAACCUGGGACUUUCAUUUUGUCGUUUGUAAGAUAAAAUAUUAUGGUUUGUUUGGGGGGCCUUUUAACUAACAAAGAUCAAAAGAACGUGUAGAUACAGAUAUGUAUUUUAAUCUUAAUGGCAAUGAAAGUAAUCGUUUUCUAUGAAUCUGAAAUGGGUACAAAACCCAGCAGAAUGUUCUGCUUUUUGCCUUUUUUGGAAAAAAAAUACUAGCUUUAUUUUAAUAGAAGGAGUUGAUUAAAAAUGAAUUCACACAGAUAUUCAGGAAAUCUCUGAGUUUUUUCUGAUAUUUUCCAUUUUAGCCACUUACUUAAAUUGGUAUUUGAUAGAGCCAGAGGAGUACUGCCCUGCCUGAGGAGGUUCCUUUGUUGUUUUGGUCUUAUUUUUGCAUUGUAUUUUUAAAAUCUGCCCAUAGUUUAGCCAUUUGUAUUCCAUAGAUAAUCUGUCUUAAAAUCUGCUUACACUGUGAUUUAUAGAAGCCUUUAAUUUAGAAUAUACAACACAAUCCAAUUUUCUUUUGGGAAUAUUCAGCUUUAAGAAUUGUUCUUAUGUAUGCCCAGAAGUAAAGGUUGUCUGUUUAUCACGAAAAUGUGGUGAGGUGAAGUUCCCUAUCCAGAGUCCCAGUACACCUCUUUCAAAAGCGUGCUGGGUGGAUGACUUGGUGAAAUUGCCUUUUAAUCUCUGUGGGUUAAUAAAUGUAUUUUUUUUAUAACUAGCCACAGAUAUUCCUUUUUAAAUUAUGCUUGGCAAACAGAAGAUAUUUAAUUUUAUAUACAAUAUACAUAGUUACCUUGAUUGACAUAUUUAUAACAGAGCUUUGAGUUUACUAUUAAGGUUUUAUCUGUAUGCUGUGGUCUUCAUGGGUAGAAGUUCUAAAAAGCCAGUUAGCCUAUAUGGAAGGAUAUAGAAGCUAUCUUCAUAAAUUCCGAAGGAGGACAUCAGAGCAUUUCAAAAAGCAAUAGCCAGACCUUACUCAGAGAGUGUCUGUUUUUCCUUGUCUUUCACUGGGGCUGGUCCCUGCAGCUGUUUUAGUAACAUCUGGAUGUGAGUAACAGCAUGAAAUACGACUGUCUGCCUUUUCUGACUGUCAAGGACUAUUGUCUAGAAUAUGGGAAGUUUCAGGGUAUUGUGUUUGUUUUGCUUCGGACAAACGUCUCAAUAGACAUAUUUAGUUAAAAACUUCAUGUGUUUGAAAGAAAAUACCUUCUGUUAACCAGGCUGAUUUAUCACUUUUGGUAACCUUUUAAUCCCAAAGGAUUACAAUCAUAGUACUUCUAGCAAUGUUACAUUUAUCCAGAUGUCUACAGGUUGAAGUGGUUCUAGCUAGCACCCUUUUAUUACAACAAUUGCUACCUUCAUUUUCUACUGUUUAUUCUUUUAUCUCAAAUGUUUACCAGUUUCUCCUUGUUGGAUUAUUGCAGAGGGAGGGUGUAUCUUAGCACUACAGUUCAUCCAGCUUUAACUCAUGUCACAGUUCUAGAGUAAGAAGAUAUUGUGACUUAUACAUUGUGGCCAAUUAAUUGCAUUUUAAAUGAUGUCUGUACUUAAGAUAUAACAGUUUUGGCAUAACGAAUGACUUAGCUAAUCAUUUUAUCUGUCUAGGCUUCUGUGUUACUGUCAUUUUGAAACUAUUUGUAUAUGUUGAAGUUUGUAAGGGUUCGGGAACCCACACUAAAAUAGUAAACUAUGUAUUUAUUUCUCAAUCUGCAAUUUAUUUGCUCAGUUAUGAUUUGAAAGUUGACACUUUGUACGUCUUUUCACAGAAUUGUAAACAAAUACCGAAAUACUGCUUCACCUAGGGUGCCUUCCAUGUGUGGUAUAACACCUGUCAUCCACAGCAACUGAGAUGUAAAUUUAUUAAACCAGUAAACACUA